AUGACCAGUACUUUCGUUCGUGUGACCUCUGCUUCUUCUACUUCUUCUACUUCCUCGUCUCUGGCAAGCCCAACAUCGGCGAACAAGUCUUCGGCCAUAGAUACUUUGACGAAGAUACCGCCCCAGCUUUGGGCCAUAGUCAAUACUGUUGUAAUCGCAGCUAUUGUUGUCGGCUCUCUCCUCCUGCUUGGCUUCGGGGGAUAUUUCAUCUACAAGAGGGUGAAGGCGAUCAAGAAUCAGCCGCGUGAGGAAAUUCCCCUCCUUGAACGAAUUACGGCUGCCGUUACCCCCUUGGAGAACCUUGGACAAGACGUGGGAGCUCGAGAUACUCGAGCAGUCAAAGAUGGCCGGUCCGCUCUUUUGCCAAACGACAACACGGAUGAGACCACUCUUGUGGCCGAUCCUGUGGCCGAUCCUGCGACCGAUCCUGCAACCGCUCCUACGACCGUUCCUAUGACCGCUGCAGAGAGCUCUCGUACCCCGCCUGCUGUCUCUGCCGACGGUGAUGCUUCAGUCCGCACAUACGUCAAGGGACUUGUGAAAGACCCCUCGAAGGGGAGCGCAAUAUCCACCAUGGUGCGCAAUGUUUUCCAUGGGCUGAAGGAGGCCUUUAAGGGAGCCAAGUCCGUUGGGGAAUAA